AAUUUCAUUUUUGAGCCUAACACCUUGAAUCCAGAAAGCAAGUGACCAUGGCUGUUCCAUUUCUUCCGUUUGUGCUUAAAAAUCUCAACUCCUUGAUCCAAAAUGAGGUGGGAUUGCUCUGUGGAGUAAACACGGAGAUGAAAAAGCUUUCAAGCACUCUAUCCACCAUCCAGGCUGUCCUUGAAGAUGCAGAGCAAAAGCAAGUGCAAGACAAAGCUAUACAGAAUUGGUUGAAAGAGCUCAAUGAUGCAGCCUACGAGGCAGAUGACAUCUUGGAUGAGUGCGCAACCGAAGCCCUCAGAUGUGAAUUAAAAGGCCAAGGUUAUGGUUCUCUCAAGAAGGUAAGCACUUCUUUGUUAACUUGUUAUCCUGUUCAGAAUGUUUUGUUUCGUCACAAAAUAGGGAACAGAAUAAAAGAGAUUACACAGAAGUUAGAUGCAAUUGCUGCUAAUCGCAGUAAAUUUCAAUUGACCGAGGAAGUUGUGGUGGUGACACGAGUUGAAUAUGAUGUAAGCCGUGAAACCAGCUCCGUUAUCACUGAACCACAACUCUACGGAAGAGAUGAAGAUAAAGAAAAGAUUGUCAAAUUUCUGGUCGAGGAUGUAUGUGAUAUUGAGGAUGUUUCUGUGUAUCCUAUACUCGGUAUAGGCGGUCUUGGAAAGACAACCCUCGCGCAAAUGGCCUUCAAUGAUGAGAGGGUCAAACCCCACUUCGAUCCUAAAAUUUGGGUUUAUGUUUCUCAAGAUUUUGAUGUGAAAAGGGUGAUCAAAGCAACAAUAGAAUCUGCAAAUGAAAAAGCUUGUGAGGCAGUUGACCUAGACUCACUGCAGAGAAAGCUUCGCGACAUGCUGCAUGGGAAAAGAUACCUGAUUGUAUUAGAUGAUGUGUGGGACGAAGAUCCAGACAAGUGGGAUGCAUUCAAGUAUUCACUAGCAUGUGGAUCAAAAGGUGCUUCCGUUAUUGUCACUACUCGUGUUGAUAAGGUUGCAUCAAUCAUGGGAACUAUUUCACCUCAUCGCUUGUCAGUUUUAUCCAAAGAAGAUUGUUGGUUGUUGUUCAGGCAACGAGCAUUUGGACUUAGAAAUGAAGAACGCCCAAACUUUGUCGCCAUUGGGAAGGAGAUAGUGAAGAAGUGCGGGGGUGUGCCUUUAGCUGCGAAGGCCCUCGGAGGGCUAAUGCGCUUCAAAAGUGAGGAAAAAGAGUGGCUUCAUGUUAAGGAAAGUGAAAUUUGGAAAUUACCCCAGGACAAAAAUUCCAUCUUGCCUGCCUUAAGAUUAAGUUACUCUUAUCUUCCAUUGGAAUCAAGACAAUGUUUUGCUUAUUGUGCCAUUUUCCCAAAGGGUUCUUAAAUUCGAAAGAGAGACCUAAUUCAUCUUUGGAUGGCUAAUGGCUAUAUUUCAUGCAAAGGAGGAUGGGAACCGGAAGAUAUUGGUGAUCAGAUUUGUAAUGAAUUAUGUUUGGUAUCUUUUUUCCAAGAGGUGGACUACGUAAGUGAUGUAUAUUUCAAGAUGCAUGAUCUUGUGCACGAUCUUGCCCAAUCAAUUAUGAAGGGUGAAUGUCAAAUGAUCGAGUUUAACAGUUCAAGUGAUAUAUACAACGGAAAAGCUCAUCAUCUAACAUUGGUUGCCGGGCGCAAGGAAAAUUUUCAUAUCACAUUUCACAAAGUUGUAUCCUUACGGACAUUACGACAACAACGUUCAUAUUGCUUAUUCCUAGAUGACUUAUUUUUGUGUGAUUUCAGAAUGUUUGGUUCACUGCGAGCUUUUGAUGCACCGGACAGAGUGGCAGCGUUGCCACCUUCAAUUGGCAACUCAAAACAUUUGAGGUAUUUGAACCUUUCCCAUUCUGGUUUCGAGCGACUUCCUGAUUCAAUUUGUAAUCUCUUGAAUUUGCAAACAUUAAUCCUAGAACACUGUCACAAUCUUGAGAGAUUGCCCCAGAACAUGAUGUACCUGAGAAGUCUCCGACAUCUUUAUCUGUUAAAUUGCCCGUUAAUUGAGAUGCCCCCAAAAAUUGGGCAGCUAACUAACCUGAAGACAUUAAAUAAAUUUGUUGUGGGUAAGAGCACUGAUUGUAGUCCCCUAGCUGAAUUGAAAUGCUUAAACCUUCAAGGAGAACUUUGUAUCUGGCACCUUGAGAGAGUGAGAAAUCCGAUGGAUGCAAAAGAAGCCAAUUUAGUGGGAAUGCAAAAUCUUAGUCAGUUGCAACUAAAGUGGGCAUAUGGUUUUGCUGAAUGUGAAUCACAGGAAAAUGUUAAAUCUCAGCUAGUACUUGAAGCCCUUCAACCUCAUCCAAACCUAAAGAAGUUGGACAUAAGCGGGUACAUAGGUACUCAAUUCCCGCUCUGGAUGAGGGGUUCAGAUCUUCAAAAUGUAGUUAAUAUCCGGCUCUCCGGGUGCAACAACUGCUUACAACUUCCACCGCUUGGACAACUACCUUUGCUACAAAGCCUUGAAAUUU